AUGAGCUCACCUCACGCAAGUCCAUCGUCGCCGCCAAAGGAUAAUGGUGACAAUGCGCAAGCAGCAAUGUCAGCAGCUGUACAAGGAGCUCAAUCAGCGUACACAGCAGCCUAUUCUACGCUCGUUCAUGUAUCGCAACACUUACAACAAGGACUACAAGAAACACAGGCAGUUAUUGGCAAGGUAUUGCAAUCGAGUAUGCGAAUAGCGAGUGAGAUCAACUCUACGCCUUCAGGUGUGCGUCUUACUGCCAAGAUUUCCAAUAUUGGGCCUGUGCCUUUACCCAAUGCAAGAUGCCACUUGUCAUUUGAACCUCCACCAAAGCAUCAGCGACAAAUUGCAGAGGAUGAAAUAGCGUGGACAUUUGUAUCAGGCUAUGUGAUGAACGAAGGAGGAAACGGAGAAGGAGAAGGAUCCACUAUACCAUCGCUCUUUGACACCCCAUUGACGUUGCAGCCAAGUACUCAGUAUAUCCAAGUGGUCGACAUUAAAAGCAAAGCGCCGAUGCAGUAUAACGGCAUUCUCGAGAUCAACUUUUCGGCGAUGGAUGAACAACCAAUACAAGAGAAGCAUCAAUUUGGGAUCUAUCUGCUCGAUCAAAUGCAGAAAUUACGGGUUGCAGAAACACAAAUGGAUGUCAUGACUCAUCGGCACUACUGGCACUCGUUUUUACAACACAUUCUCGGGAUUGAACUUGAUUUGGGGAAGGACGUGGUGUAUGUUUCGCUACAACCCUAUCAACAAGGCUACGAGAAGCAUCGUAUCAUAUGCAAGAUUCAACCCAAUGACAAAGAAGAGGAGCUAGCCAAGGUGAUGUUUGGUGCAGACACAGCGGAUGCUAUUGAAUUACUACAGCCCCUGGUACAAGAGCUGGAUAUGCUUCAUGAUGGUGGUGGUGAUUAG